AAUAACUGUAUAAACAUGGUACUCAUGAAUAUCGAAGGCGGUGACAUAGAACUAAUUAUAUUUCAGAAAUAACUAUUUUAUAGUGAAAAUGUUGAGUCCUGAAGUAUGGAAUUUUAAACCACCGCAAUAUCAUGUCAUGACUGAAAAAAGAGAUUAUAAAAAACUCGAUAUACCAGAUGUGGUUGAAUCGCAUUAUUUUAACCAUUCCGUGUCUUUGGUGCUUCCCGAUACAAUUAGAAUUCCGGAUGAAUUGCGAACUUGCAUUUCGGAAGACAGUGAUUAUUAUCGAAUUGAUGGAUUAAACGUGUUUGAGUUGAUAAACAAGGAGUUUAUUGAAGCGUUUGUAAAGAAAGGAGAAUUGUCACUUCUGACCAUAGGAAAUAAAAUAGAUUUGGAUAACUUAAUAGUUAUUACACCAACUGGACAUUUAAUAUUGUCUUUACUAACAGAAGAUUUUCAAAAACUUGGUUUAGAAGGCAAAGUUUCUUUCUUUGAUCGUAAAGUACAUACACGUUAUGUUGUAACUAUUGAUUUAAAGUGUGAAAGUUUUAUACCUGGCAAAAAGAAUUACGAACAUACUCAAAAAGCGCUAAAGGAGUGUUUUAAUCAGAAAUUCGAUGUAAUUAUAUCGUGGGAUCCACCAGAUGAAAAUUUAUGUCCAUCAUCAGUGGCAGCAUGGUUCUAUAAACGCGGAUAUAAUGUUUCUCUUUGUCACCAAACAUUUAUACAAAAAGCCGAAUAUUCUUUAAAGAUACCAUUACUUUCAAAUGAUUCUGACAAUGAUAAAUUCUUUGAGUGGCUUGGAGUUUUCAGUAUCUCUGGUGAUUUAAAAAAUAAAGAAGAUAAUUAUGUAAACACAUACGCGUGUCCGUCUCCUUUUACAGAAGUUGGACAAGUACUAUAUUUACAAUGGACAGGCUUUUUUACUAGAAAGUCGAUAAUAAAUUUAUAUAAUGCUGUAAAAAAGUAUGUAUCAAUACAGGACACUGUACCAUGGAUUUCUUUACACGUACAAGGAUUUCUAGAUAGCCCUAUUAGCUGGGAUUUAAAAGAACAUACAUUUUAUACCGAUGGUGACAAUAGCUAUACUGUUGUGUUUAGGCCAAUUAAUCAUCUUAUUGUAAGAAAAAGUGUAAAUUCAAAUAAUAAACCAAGGAUUUUUCAAUAAUUGUAAAUUUACUCUAUAUCAUUUGAUAAUAUAAAUAA